AAGCUGUUUCCGGUUUCGUCCUGUCACUCUCCGUCUGGAAGCCGUAGUCCACCGUCAGUUGAGCGAUGUAGCAGCAACACUGUUAGCGAUGCACUCCAGUCAUAUUAGCCGCUGACAGAAUGAGAUAAGAUGGAAACUGUAACGACUGUCUCGGCUGCGGCUGAGGAGGGCGACUGUUCAGACUCAGAGGUUUUAUGUAUGAUGAGAGUCGGAAGAAAUUCAGACUGGCUUCGCUUGUUCGAAAACACUGAGGUCACCAUAGGACGUGGUCUGGAAGUAACCCACCAGCUGUUGUCUCCAAGUUGUCCUCUGAUGAUCUCCAGACUACACUGUGCUGUCAAACAGAGGGAAGAUGGACAGUGGACAGUGACAGACAAAAAGAGUCUCAACGGUGUGUGGGUGAAUGGAAACCGCAUUCCCGCUGAAGAAUCCCAUCAGCUGAGGCUCGGAGACUCUAUACAACUUGGGGUUCCUUCCACUUCCUCCACAGAAGUGGAGUUUGACUACAUCUUUGUCCAGCGGCCCCUUAAAGACAUUAAACACCACUUGGCAAAGGGACAUAAAGAAGGCGCUAAAGCAGCCCUUGUUUCCAAGACGGCUAAGAGGAAGUUGACUGUUGAAGAAGUUGAGCCUUCUACCUCAAAGCCCAAGCUCUACCGCUGCUCUUCUGCAGACAAGUCAUUUGCAAAGCCCUGCCCUCUGUCACCAGUGAAGCGACAGCAGAGGCUCAGUCACUCUCAAUUAGAGGAAACUGGACCCAGCAGACAAGUCCAGGAAGUAGACCGGCCCUCAGAUGGCUCCAACACUCCCUGUGACCUGGACAACUUGCAGAUGUACAGCCAGAACAUCCUGAAGUUGAGGGAGCAGGUAGACAACACCCAAAGGCAGGUAGCCUCUCUCGGGGGAGAGCCGCGGCAGGCUGACCCUCUCAGAGUGGAGCAUGUCAGGGAGCUGCAUGGUCAGCUGGAGACGCUCAGAGCCAAGAUGCACCGGAUGGAGACAUUAGAGAAGUCCUUCAGCAAGAGGCGGCUAGAGGCACAGAAAACACAGCAACAAGAGGAGCUUUUGAAGAAGCAGUUGGAAGAUGCCUUGCAAGAGCAAAAGAAAGUAAUAGACGAACUUGCCCUUUCUCGGGAAGGCUUUGAAGAGAUUCUCUUGGCCAAAAACAAAGAGCUGGAAUUGACAAAGGAGGAGAAUGAAAAGGCCAGGGCCCAAAAGGAUGAAGUAGUUACACAAGUGACGGAAGUUUUGGAGAAUGAGCUUCAGUGCAUCAUCUGCUCCGAGCUCUUCAUUGAGGCAGUCAUCCUGAGCUGCGCUCAUAGCUUCUGCAGUCACUGUAUCAAGCAGUGGCGCAAAAAGAAAGACGAGUGUCCGAUCUGCCGACGGGCCAUCCAAUCUCAGACUCGCUGUCUGGCCCUGGACAACUGCAUCGACAGCAUGGUGGAAAACUUGAGCCUGGACAUGAAGUCGAGGCGACAGACCCUCAUCACUGAGAGGAAAGCUGACUCUGCCCAGGUGAUGGUGAUCCACGAUGACGACAGCAGCAGCAGGAGCAGCGACAGCGACAGCGACAGCAGCCUGGUGUCCAUCGACAGCAGCCUGGGCUCGGUGGUCUCUUUGGAAACAGACAGCAGCAUCAACGCGGACUCCAGCGUGCUCUAUAGUAGUGUUGAUGAGUCUGAGGAUUAGCCCUUUUACUCCGGAGGGAAUGUGACUUUUUUGGUGUUGAUGUUUGCAUAUCCCUGGACUGUUCUCCGAUAGAACACUAAGUUUGGUCUCAUGAGUCCAUUAACCAGAUUUCCUUUUUGUAACGUUAUCAGAUGUCUUUUUGUCGUUUUUUUCAACAAAAAGAUUAAAGUUUUUUUCCUAUGCA